AUGCAAGCGGGGACUAAUAAAUUUGAGACUCAACGUGGAAUGACUGCACCUGGAAUGCCUCGUUUAAAUAUUACAAUGGAUAAAAAAUUGGGUUAUAUUGAGCCAGACAGAAAAUCUGAAGAAUUUCUCCGUCCACAAUGCGGUACAAAUUUAUACGCAUCACAGGCAGGACAAACACCGAUAGGUGCAAACAGAAAUCAGGAAUGGGAAACAAUUUUGGAGAAGGAAGGCGAAGGAAUUUUGCCUAAACAAAGUGGGGAUUAUGGAUUUGCUACACAGGCUGGAGAAGUAAAUAUGGGAGCACCUCGAAAUCAAGUGCCAAAUAUUCGUGGACGUUUACCCAAUGAUAGACGAACACAUGGAUUGCUUUGUUAUCAAUAUGGCACUAAUAUAUUUGCUUCUCAACAAGGAAUGUUGGGUGCACCGGGGGUACGUGAUGUUCUUCCCCACACAACUGGUGGAAAAGAAAUACCGGAAGACUCGCGAUUAAAAUCUGAAGGGAUUGUGCCUCUUCAAUCUGGCACAAAUAAAUUAGCUUCACAAAAGGGAAUGACAGGCUUUGGAACGCCUCGUAAUACAAUGACUAGAAUGGGGUGGAAAAAAGAAUGGGUAGAGGAGUAUGAAGCUGCUAUGCGCGAGUGGGAAGAAAAUCGUCCACCCGGUUCUGCAUCAGCUGGAUCGGAUACGUAA